ACAGUAUUUGGACCGAGUAACUUAGCAUGGUUUGAAAUACCACCGUACUGGAGAAAGCUCUUAUUUUUAAACAUUACAGCUUUACGAGAAGUAGUGUUAUACCAUUCUGUUGGUGAUAAACUUUAUACCACCCAGUUUCACAACGAACAGCUAGUACCUUCCUUACUCCCUGGUUAUAAUAUUAGACUGAACGUCUAUAAACACAACACGGUGUUCACAGUGUUAGGAGCUGUUAUUAUUAGAAGCAACCAGAAUGCUACCAAUGGUGUGGUUCAUACGCUGAGCUCUGUCAUGAGAAUACCAGUUAGUUCUAUUUAUAGCACUAUACAAGCUACCACUGGCUUUACUCUUUUACAACAAGCUGUUAGGAUAGCUGGUCUGGUCUCCCUUCUUAAUGGGACGCAUCCAUUAACAAUGUUUACACCGAGUGAUGCAGCGUUUUUGAAGUUAUCUGCGAGCGAAUUAAAACAAUUGAUGUCAAACCCGAAAUAUUUAGCUAAUAUUUUAGAGUAUCAUAUAUUACGAGGGACAAUGUACACUGCAGCCUUUUAUUAUGAAGAUACAGUUCGAACUUUCAAUGGAAAAUCACUAACCAUCACUAAUUCUGGCAACGGCAAAUGUCAACGAUUGUAUUUCUAUAUAAUUCCAGGAGGCAAGGUAAAAGUAAAUGGUAUCGGACUACCUGAACAGGAUGUGUCUACUACAAAUGGUGUAAUACAUAUAGUUGAUACUCUACUGUUCCCGUCCGGUUAUAAUUUAUACUCAACUUGA